GAUUGGAUAUUGAAGACGUUCGUUAGGACGUGUCGCCCUUUCUGUGUGCUCGGUGAGCGUGGGCGUCCCUAAGGGAGUGUGUGGCUGGGGUUUCUAAACCCGGCGCCAGCACCGGUACCCCUUCCAUCAGGGGUUGGGCUUAGGGUCGCCCCUGGGGGGCGGCUCUCGAAUCUUGAAGAGCAGGGGAACUCAGGCUGCCCCAAAGGUGCGGAGGUCCCCCUGGGCGGGCAGAAAGAUGGCGUCGGCGUCGGUCUCUGCGGCUUCUGGUUCUCAGUUUUCGAACACCUUAGCCGAGCCAUCAAAGGCUAGUGGAAGUAUGGUUCGCCAUUCUUCAUCUCCAUAUGUAGUAUAUCCAUCUGAUAAGCCUUUCCUUAAUAGUGAUCUACGACGCUCCCCAAAUAAGCCUACACUUGCCUAUCCAGAAAGCAACAGCAGAGCCAUAUUUUCUGCUCUGAAAAAUCUUCAAGAUAAGAUUCGACGCUUGGAACUUGAAAGGAUUCAGGCAGAAGAAAGUGUGAAAACCUUGUCUAAGGAAACAAUUGAAUAUAAGAAAGUACUGGAUGAACAGAUACAAGAAAGGGAGAACUCAAAGAGUGAGGAAUCAAAGCAUAAUCAAGAACUGACAUCUCAAUUGUUAGCUGCAGAAAAUAAGUGUAAUCUUUUAGAAAAACAGUUGGAAUAUAUGCGAAAUAUGAUAAAGCAUGCGGAAAUAGAGAGGUCAUCGGUCUUGGAAAAGCAGGUUUCCUUAGAAAGAGAACGACGACAUGAUCAGACACAUGUUCAAAGCCAGCUUGAAAAACUGGAUCUUCUUGAACAAGAAUAUAAUAAACUUACCACAAUGCAGGCUCUGGCAGAAAAAAAAAUGCAAGAGUUGGAAGCAAAACUUCAUGAAGAAGAGCAGGAGAGGAAGCGCAUGCAGGCCAAGGCAGCCGAGUUGCAGACUGGUCUAGAAACAAAUAAACUUAUCUUUGAUGAUAAGUCAACUCCGUAUGUUCCCAGUGUGAGAAGAAUUAAAAAAAAGAAGACAAAAUCACCAGAAAAGAAGAGUCCUAGGAACUGUUUUGGUGCACAGCCGCAUUAUAGAUUAUGCUUGGGCGAUAUGCCAUUUGUAGCUGGAAAGUCCACCACUCCCAGCCACGCGGUGGUGGCCAAUGUCCAGCACGUCUUGCAUCUAAUGAAGCAGCACAGUAAAGCUCUGUGCAACGAUCGGGUCAUCAACAGCGUUCCUUUGGCAAAACAAGUGUCUUCACGCGGUGCUAAGAGUAAGAAGCUGUCAGUGACACCGUCCCCCUCCCCCAGCAUUAGCGAGGAGCUGUCAGAAGUCCUACAGACCUUACAGGAUGAAUUUGGGCAAAUGAGCUUUGAUCAUCAGCAGCUUGCAAAACUUAUCCAAGAGUCACCAACCGUAGAGCUGAAAGAAAACUUAGAGUGUGAGCUGGAGGCAUUGGUGGGAAGGAUGGAGGCAAAAGCCAAUCAAAUAACUAAAGUUCGAAAAUACCAAGCCCAGCUGGAGAGACAAAAGCUGGAGAAGCAGAAGAGGGAAUUAAAAGCUACCAAAAAAACUCUGGAUGAAGAAGGGAACAGCAGCAGCCGUUCUUCUGGGAUCACAGGAGGGACCACAAAUAGGAAGGAUUGUGCCAAACCCAGACCUGGAGAAAAGAGCAGGAAAAAUCUUCAAUUAUUGAAGGACAUGCAGACCAUACAGAAUUCUUUACAGAGCAAUAGUUUGUGUUGGGAUUACUGACUUGCACCAGGUCAUAAAUUUUAUUCAGAUAAUCUGUACCUCAUCGAUCAGAUUUUGACAAUUUACUUUCCAGACCUCAUAUUUAGUUGGAAUUAAUGAGUAGCAGGUAUUAAGAAACCCAAGCUUCAUUAUACUAAAUGUUUGUGUAUGCAGCAUGACUAAAUGUUAAACCAUUUAAAUGGAAACCAGGGGAGUUUUAAGCCUAAGAAGCCACAUAUAAUCUGUUUCUUUUAGAUAAAUUUCCUGUACUGGUAUAUUGCUCUUUGUAAACAAAUUACCAAUUUUUUACUUGUGGAUGUGAUUUUUUAAAAUAGUUCAUUAUACAGUAGAUAAUAAAAUUAGGUUUAAAUUUGCAAAAUAUGAGGCUAUCCUAUAGGCAGUGUUUGCUUAAAAAGUCUCAUUUUUAAAUCUUCCCCUGGCAUGAAGUGCCCACUUCCCUUUUCCAGUACACCAAUUAAAUAUUGUUUCUGCUAAUGAUGGAGUUUAUCAAUAUUUCUAUUUUCAAUAUGUUUUUACAUGUAAAUAUUUAUAUAUGUAUUUAAGAGGAUUUUUUGUUUUGCUUUUUGGCAUUUCAAACACUGAUCACUAUUAAAUGCACUAGUAUUGCUUUUUAAUCCACUGCUAAAAAAUGUUUAAAGACCCAGGCAAUCAUUUUCAGUGAAUUACCUGAUGAAAUUAACCUUAUGAAAGAAUUUUUAAAAGUAUAAACAAAUUGUCAAUUAAAUGAGAUUUUGAAAUAACGUUAGAAUGGGGGAAAGCAAGGGCACUGUUGUGACCAUAUAUAUCCUUGCAGUUUUUAAAUACCUGUUUAUAAUCAUGCUAUUUUGUCAAGGUAUUCUGGUUUUUAAUCUUGAAAUUUAGAGGACCCCUUGAAUAUUUGCUUUUACUAGUGUACAGUAUGAAUGUAAUAUGAACUGUGCACAAUUAUUGUACUGAUAUAAUUUUUAAUAGAUCAAGAAAUGUUAACUUUUUAUAAAUUUACCACUUAAGUAAAUAAAGCAGCUUUUUUAAGGAAAAGCGGAAACUUAGCAGCUCUUAAUAAAGGCUUUGUUGUAAAUGCUCAAAAAGUACAUUUCUAAAUAGAACAUUAUUAAUUAUGAGAAACUAAGAAUGUAUAUUUAUUUGUUACCUAAUUUCCCAUUCUCAUGCUUACAUAGAAAGUAAGCCCAACAAGGUUGAAUUACCUUAUCAUCCAUGACAAAAGUGCUAAUGCACACAUUAGCCACAUAUUAAGGGAAUGCCUUUUAUAUGCCUCCGUGGAAGUGAUUGAUAAUGGAGUUUUAGGAUUACAGCCAGACAGCCAGAAUGAACUAUUGUGGCUACCUGAGCACAGGCUUGUCAAGUCUUUUUACAGUUGAGAGUUCUUAAUUUAGGAUCCUUAAGUAGAUUUUGAGCCAUGAAUUUCCUAAAGUUGUAUGUAACCUUUUGCUGGUGUGUGCAAUUUUCUGAUAAGCAGGUUUGUAUCUUGAUCAAAUUCACAACAGUAAAGUGACCCUGUAGACGCGAAGAAACUGAAAAUCCCUACUCGGGUGUCACAGUAAAUAUUUGUGUCUCAACCACUACUAUUUCAACUAUUAAACUUUGUUAUCUCCUUUUUUGAAUUUCAGGUCAUUAAAUUGUAUAACCAUCAUUUGAAUUCUAGUGGCUCUGAGUCCUAAUUAGGAGAAGAGUAAUUGAAUGAUGCUAAAUCCCAGCCCAUCUGUCAGCUAGUGUUCACACUGAGAUAAUUAUUCACUCCAGCUCCUGACACUCUCAGGGCAGAACUGAAAACAAGAAAAUACUGCUCCAGGUUCUUAUCUGAGAGUUAACAGGACAAGGUAUGUUGUCAUCCAUCCACUCACGACAGCAGGGCUCACCGUUUGUUUCAGGAGUAUUUUCUAUGUGUAAUUCAUACAUAAGUAUUUUCUGAGCUGCCAUCAUGGAUACCAGGCUUCAUAAGAAAAGUAUGUCUCCAGGCCAGUGGUGCACAUCUGAAUUGUUGACUUCAGUCCGGUGCAGUGGCUCUGCUGGUAAUGGCCACGUACAGUGUCGUGCACACCGAGGAGGGCAGGGCACUGGGAGAGGUGAAUUAAAAAUAAUGCCUAAACUCUACAGAAUAAGACCUGUCAGUCACAGGGAUAACAGUUGUUCCAAGUUUACAAGAUUGGGGGAAUUGAGAAGCGCUGGAACAUAAAAAUAGGGGUAGGGGAAGAAGUAAAAUCUGGUCACACAAGUUCUCUAAAUUUUAUAUCCCUGAUCAUAAAGAAUAAAGUACAUGUGCACAGUCAAUAUUCAUAGAUAAAGUUACAAAACACAACUGUCAAUUUAGAAGUUUUGUAUAGAGAUGUAAAAACUGUAAGCACCCCUGCUUUAAACCCUUCCACACACAUACCAAUUGUGUAUCUUAAAUGUUCAAGUAAAUGCACUCUUAAUUUAGAGAUUCCUGUAAGAAGAGAAGCCACUGGAAGGUUCUGAACCUGAAAAUGAUAGAUUUUCACUUAUAUUUCUCUGACUUUUGAGGAGAAUUUGAAGUGGAUGCAAGUACACUAAGAUGAGACUUAAAUACCAUUAAGAAUUGUCUUAUAACAAAUAUCACACAAUAACCAAAUCAUCUUGGUCCUGAUUUUUCUAAUAUUCAGUGUAGUAAUACAAACUGUUUCCUCAUCACAAGAUGAAGCAGGGCUAGGUUCAGAUGAUGUGUACAAUGAUGUAGUGAGUAAAAAAAAUUAUAGUUUUGCUUACUGUUUGAUUAGUGUGUUAGGGGGAAAAUGGGUUCAAAUUGAAGAUUUCCAUUGGAGGUGUGUAAUACUCAAAAGCUUAAAAGUAACAGUCAUGGGGAAAAA